AUGGCUCUCCCACUUCCCUUCCGGCUCCCGAAGCCCAACUAUCUUCCCCAUAAUGUGGAUGUGGAUGAGCCCGAGGUCGUCAAGGUCUACAAGCCUCUGGAUCGCCCAUCGCCUUUCGAGGACGCCAUCUUUGAGGACAAGGCCAAGCGUCUGGCCCAGGAGCUCGGCAUCACGGCGCCCAAGGGUUACGACGUCUCCUUUCACUACAAUGUCCAGAUGGAGAAGCAUCACUUUGGCCAGACACAUCCGAUGAAGCCUUGGAGGCUUGUGCUCACCAAGGGUCUGGUCACGUCGUACGGCAUGCACCACGCCAUGAAGAACUACACCACACGAGCCGCCACAUACGACGAGCUCGUCUCAUUUCACUCGCAAGACUACGUCAACUUUCUGGGAUCCGUAGCCCCCCAGCCCACUCCACUCGAUGUUGAUAAUCCCAAUCCUGAUCUUAGAUUCAACCUGGGCGGCAGCGACUGCCCCUUGUUCGAAGGCUUGUACGACUAUUGCUCCCAGUCCGGUGGCGCCUCGUUAGACGCCGCCAGGAAGUUGUGCGCGAAGCAGUCAGAUAUCGCCGUUGCCUGGGGCGGCGGCCUGCACCACGCGAAGAGGUCGGAAGCCUCGGGCUUCUGCUACAUCAACGACAUAGUCAUCGCCAUCCUCCAGCUCCUGCGGGUCCAUAAGCGGGUGCUCUAUAUCGACAUCGAUGUUCAUCAUGGCGAUGGCGUCGAGGAGGCCUUCUUUUCAUCCGACAGAGUCAUGACGGUAUCAUUUCACAAGUAUGACCCGCACACCUUUUUCCCUGGCACCGGCGCUCUGGAGGACAACGGCCCCAAGAGCGAACACAACCCUGGCGCCCACCACGCCAUCAAUGUGCCCCUAAAUGACGGUAUUACGGAUGAACAGUACCAGUGGCUGUUCGAGAGAGUCAUAUCGCAAUGUGUGCAAAAGUUCCAGCCCGAGGCGAUUGCACUGCAAUGCGGCGCCGACUCUUUGGCGGGCGAUCGACUAGGAAAGUUCAACUUGCUCGUCCAGGGCCAUUCAUCUUGCGUCGAUUUUUGCAAAAAACUCGGGAUCCCCAUGAUUUUAUUCGGUGGAGGCGGCUACACUCCUCGCAAUGUCGCCCGUGCUUGGGCCUAUGAGACUGCUGUUGCCAUUGGCCAGGAAGAGAAGAUGGCAUCUACUGUGUACAUCCCUGACCAUGCACCGUACAGGCAACGCUUCGAGUACGACGGGCACCUCCUACCCUCCAUAGAACAGAUCUUGGGGGAACCUCGUCAGAACCGAAAUCCCCAGAAGAAGCUCCUAGAAAUUGUGCAACACGUCACUGAGCAGCUCCGUUUUGUCGCUGCCGCACCCAGUGUGCAGAGCUCAGUCAUCCCGCCCGACCUUGGACCAAUUCGAGAUGAAGUGGAACAGAGAAUCAAGGAGGAAAUCGAAGAACAGGACGAAAAUGCAAGGAAGGCCAGGGAAGAGGCCGUCGGUGUUCCCAUGGAGUUUUGA